CUCCCCUUCUCUAAUCAGCCCAGGCAGCGAAGGGAUGCCGCUGUCCCCUCCUGCGGGCGGCCUAGUGACGAGCCUGCACUGUGUGUCCGCUAUCUCUGGGCUCGGGGAGCACCUGGGGAGCCGGAGUCUGCUGUUGCACAAUGGAACUGCAAUCAAUUUACUGUCUUUAUUGGUCGAGUGCCAGAAAAAUAGUAUAAUAUUAUACAAGAUUGAAGUAUUUGGAAGUGAUCCUCAAGAUACCAGCUCAAAUCCCAAAUAUUUCUGAAAAUCUUUGAGGAUUUUUCUACAGUAUUGUCCUUGUAAAGACAUGUAUUAGGAGCGUCUGCUUCAUGCCAGCUAAAACCCUCCUCACAUCCAGGUGUCUCUAGAUUAUUGCUGGUAUGGCUCUUCCACCUCCAGACCCACAGUUUGUUCUACGGGGUACUAGUGCUGAAGUCCAUACUCUACAUUUUUAUUGUGGAGGCCAGGAACCUGAUUACCCCAUUCUCUUCUCUGGGUCAUCCAAUGGGCUGAUCCAUGUCUGGAACCUGAAGACACGCAGAGUGGAUACAAUUCUAGAUGGCCAUGGAGGAAAAUCUGUGUACUGGGUGGAAGCAAUCAAUGGCAGAGACAGGCUCCUCAGCCAGGGCCGUAACCAACAGAUCUGCCUCUGGGAUUUGGCAGAAGGAAGGAACACAGUGACAGAUUCUGUUUUCACUGAAAACGUGGGAUUCUGCAAAAGUUCACUGCUGAAGGUGGCACAGGGACAUUGGCUAAUGGCCAUGCCAGGAAAAGACCUAGAUGAGGUUCAGGUUUUGGAGCUGCCAUCCAAGACGUCAGUCUGUACCUUGAAGCCAGAGGCGGAUGCCAAACCGGGCAUGCCCAUGUGUCUGAAGCUAUGGCAGCCUGACUUUGGUUCAUGUCCUUUUCUUCUGGCUGGCUACGAGGAUGGAUCAGUGAUUCUGUGGAAUUUAUCAGGGGGAAAAAUAUUAAGCCGACUUGCUUGCCACCAGGAGCCAGUGAUGAGCCUUGACUUUGACUCUGAAAAGACGAAGGGGGUCUCGGGCUCAUCUGAGGAGGUGCUUACCGUCUGGAGCCUCGAUGAGCAGCAGAAUUUAAAGGUUCAGAAAACACACAAACUCGUCAAUGCUGGGAUUGCUGAUGUUGCCAUCCGCCAGGACAAGAAGAUCCUGGCAACAGCAGGGUGGGAUCAUCGUAUCAGAAUCUUUGGCUGGAAGAAACUGAAGCCCUUGGCAAUACUGGACUACCACACAGCAACUGUCCACUGUGUAUCCUUCUCAGAUCACAGUAGGCCAAGUGAAAGACUGCUGGCAGCUGGCUCCAAAGACCACCGCAUUAGUAUCUGGUCAAUCUAUAAUCAAACCUCAGGUGCUUUGCACUGUCCUUUGGAAACUAGAAAGCCGGACUGAUAAACCAGAUAUUGUGUGAUUAAAAUCUGGGGAUGGGGAAGUAUUAAACCAUCUGCAGUUUGAGCGCAAGUCCCUAGAAAGACCUAUUCCCUAUAGAAAAUGUGUUGUUGUAGAAGGGAAAACCAGUGCUAGGAAGGGAAGAAUGGAUGAUCAUGCAGUUAAGGCAAAGGCCUAGCAGAGAUGGAUUCUGUUGCAUCCUCUGCCACAUGCUUCUUUUGGCAAAUUGUUUUGAUUCUUUGUGCCAGUUUCCUCAUCUGUAAAAUGGAGAUAGGUGCUGUCACUCAGGCAUGGGGUGGUCUAGAGUACACUGGGUUCCAAAUCAUGUAGAGAUCCUUCAUGGACGUAAGUGCGAAGAAUCAGUUUUAUGUGAACUUGAAACCUUAAACCAUCCAUAGCAGUUUCUCAUGUCAGUUACUUUUUCUUCCCCGUAACUGAAAAGCUAUCAAACCAACCUUGAUUUGUUCACACUUCUGUCAGUUUCUAGCUUAAGCCAACAGCCAAAGAAUGUGACUAGGGAUGGCUUUUGGCAUUUAUGAAUUUCAUUAUGUCCCCUGUCACCUCGAGCCUCACAAUUAAUCAUAGAAAGAAAAAGGAAUCUUUCCAUGCCUUUUUCAGAGCCAGUGCUAAAGCCUUUCCAUAGACUGACUAGCAGAAGGAUUUAAACUGAGCAAUCCAAUUAGCGCCCUUCUCCUUGGAGAUUUGGGGUAAAUUUUCAGUAUGGUGAGCCAGGGAUUUGGCUACACAUCUCCCAUUAACAUCAAUGGGAAUAGCAUGGAUAAAUCCUUCUGCACUACGCUGAAAAUUUACCCUUUAGUUUGUCAUCUCCAUGGUCGUGGAAGCUGAAAUCCAUUCCAAAAGUUGAUUGUUUUUGCUUGAGUCAAGGCACAGUACUAGCAUUCUCCUUUUCAAAUAUAUUUGAGCAGUAACAGUCUGUUCGCAGGCCAGGAAACCUCACCACUGAAUUAAGGUUUGCCAAUAAGAUGCACUUAUAUGUACACCAUAAAAGCAAUUAACAGUGUGACUUUAAAUACAGAGUAAUUUCGAAAUGCUAGGUGGUUCUUGGCAUCAGAAAUAUUUAG